GUAGACAAUGAAUCUGAUGAAUCAGAUGAAUCAGAUGAACCAACUAAUUCUUUAGAACUGACUUCUGGACUUACCUUUGCUAAUUGGGAAGAAUUCAAGAAUUGGAUAUAUAGAUUUGCAUUAAAAGAGA